AUGCAUCCACCUCCACCCCACCAUCCUUUCUUUCCCACCGCGCCGUCCUCUCUCCCUCCCACCCACCCUCACCUCCCACCGAUCCUCGCCUCUCCUUCCUACCCGCCGUCGCCGCUCCCUCCUCCCGCCGCCGCCGCUCCCUCCCACCCCGCCGUCCCCUCUCCCUCCGCCGUCGCCUCUCCCUCAGCCGUCGCCUCUCCCUCCGCCGUCGCUCUCCCUCCGCCGUCGCCUCGCCCUCCCCAUCGUCGCCUCCCUCCCCAUCCCGUCGCCUCCGCUCCCUCCCAUCCCGUCGCCUCCGCUCCGUCCCAUCCCGUCGCCUCGGCUCCCUCCCAUCCCGCCGUCGUCCCCUCCCACCCCGCCGUUGCCUCUCUCGCCUACCCGCCGUCGCCACUCCCUACCCUCUCGCCGCCGUCUCUCCCUCCCAUCCCGCCGCCGCCUCUCCCUCCCAUCUCGCUGCCGCCUCUCCCUCCCAUCCCGCCACCGCCUCUCCCUCCCAUCCUGCUUCGCCACUCUCUCUCAUCCCGCCGUCGCCACUCCCUCCCAUCCUGCCGCCGUCUCUCCCUUCCAUUCCGCCGCUCCUCGCCCUCAUCGCGGCCGCGCCACUCCCUCCCGUCCCGCCGUGGGGAGGUUUGA